AUGACAGUGGCCGUGCGCGUCCGCCGCCACCUGCGGCGCCUGCUGCUCCUGCUGGCCUCCGGCUGCCUCCUCUCGCUCCUCCUCUCCGCCUACUUCCUCUUCACCAACUCCUCCCCCGCGCUGCAGCUGGGCCAACCGGCCGAGCCCGCCUGCUCCCAGCCCCUCCCCCUGUCCCCGUACCGCCCCCUGCCCAACCCCUACCCGCCCGUGCCGCCCCACACCUACGCCCCCACGGAGCCCGUGGUCCUGGUGCUGGUGGAGUCCCAGUACUCCCAGCUGGGCCAGGACAUUGUGGCCACCCUGGAGUCGGCCCGCUUCCGCUUUCACGUGGAGAUCGCCCCGGGCAAGGGGGACCUCCCCCCGCUGACGGACGCAGGCCGCGGCCGCUACGCGCUCAUCGUCUACGAGAACCUGCUCAAGUACGCGCACGUAGACACGUGGAACCGGCAGCUGCUGCACCAGUACUGCACCGAGUACCGCGUGGGCGUCAUCGGCUUCUACCGCUCCAACGAGAACUCCCCGCCGCUGCUUAAGCUGCGCGGCCUCCCUCUGGUCCUUAGGACUAACCAGGCGCUGCGGGACUGCCGCGUGGCGCCCUCCUCCCCCCUGCUGCACCUCACCAAGCCGGGCACGGACCAGGGAGCGCUCCCCGGGGAGGACUGGACCUCCUUCCACACCAACCACUCGUCCUACCAGGCGGUGCUGCAGGCGCGGCCCAGGGAGGGAGCCCCCGGGGCGGGCAGCGGGGAUAACCCGGCCCCAGGCUCUUUAGGCCUGGGCCUCCAGGCCACGGUGGUGCAGGACAUGGGUCUGUACGACGGGGUGAGGAGGGUGCUGUUUGGCCAGGGCUUGGGCUACUGGCUCCACAGGCUCAUCCUGGUGGACGCCAUCGCGUACCUCACGGACAGGAAGCUGACGCUCGGGCUGGACCGCCACAUCCUGGUGGACAUCGACGACAUCUUCGUGGGGAAGGAGGGCACACGCAUGAAUACCAAAGACGUGAAGAAACUGCUGGAAACUCAGAAACAAUUGCGUUCCCAGAUCUCCAACUUCACCUUCAACCUGGGCUUCUCUGGGAAGUUCUACCACACAGGCACCGUGGAGGAGGACGAGGGCGACGAUCUGCUGCUGAAGUACGUGGAUGAGUUCUGGUGGUUCCCCCACAUGUGGAGUCACAUGCAGCCUCACCUCUUCCACAACCAGUCCUCCCUGCUGGAACAGAUGGUCCUCAACAAGGAGUUUGCACUGGAGCACGACAUCCCGGUGGACAUGGGCUACGCGGUGGCCCCCCACCACUCGGGGGUGUACCCGGUCCACCUACAGCUGUACGAGGCCUGGAGGCGGGUCUGGGACAUCAGGGUCACCAGCACCGAGGAGUACCCCCACCUGAAGCCCGCCCGCUACCGCAGGGGCUUCAUCCACAACAACAUCAUGGUGCUGCCUCGCCAGACUUGCGGUCUCUUCACACACACCAUCUACUACAAGGAGUACCCCGGGGGGUCUAAAGAGCUGGACAAGAGCAUAAGAGGAGGGGAGCUGUUCCUCACCGUACUUCUCAACCCUGUCAGCAUCUUCAUGACCCACCUGUCCAACUACGGUAACGACCGGCUUGGCCUGUACACCUUCGUCCACCUGGCCUCCUUCCUGCGCUCCUGGACCACCCUGCAGCUGCACACCCUGCCCCCCCUGCAGCUCGCACACAGAUACUUCCAGCUCUUCCCCGACCAGAAGCCCCCCCUCUGGCAGAACCCUUGUGACGACAAGAGACACAAGGACAUCUGGUCCAAGGAGAAGACCUGUGACAGACUACCCCGCUUCCUGGUGAUAGGACCCCAGAAGACAGGGACCACAGCGCUGUACCUGUUCCUGCUGAUGCAUCCGUCCAUCUCCAGCAACCUGCCCAGCCCACAGACUUACGAAGAGGUCCAGUUCUUCAACACCAACAGCUACCACAAAGGGAUCGACUGGUACAUGGAAUUUUUCCCGGUGCCGUCCAACACCACCACAGACUUCCUGUUUGAGAAGAGCGCCAACUACUUCCCGUCGGAGGAUAGUCCGCGCCGCGCAGCCGCCCUGCUGCCCAAAGCCAAGAUCAUCACCCUGCUGAUCAACCCCUCAGACAGGGCCUACAGCUGGUACCAGCACCAGCGGGCUCACGAGGACCACGCCGCCCUGCGCUUCAACUUCUAUGACGUCAUCACCGCGCGACGGGGCGCGCCGGCAGAGCUCCGGUCUCUGCAGAACCGCUGCCUCACGCCCGGCCUCUACGCCACGCACAUGGAGCGCUGGCUCACCCACUACCCCGCCAGCCAGCUCCUGAUCAUCGAUGGCCAGCAGCUGAGGAGUGACCCGGUGGCGGUGAUGGAUGAGGUGCAGAAGUUCCUGGGCGUCGCCCCUCACUUUAACUACUCCCAGGCCCUCACGUUCGACCCUCAGAAGGGCUUCUGGUGUCAACUGCUGGAAGGAGGGAGGACAAAGUGUUUGGGCAAGAGCAAAGGGAGGAAGUACCCGCCUAUGGAACCCGAGGCGCGGGUCUACCUGUCCAGGCACUACAGGGAGCACAACAUUGAGCUGUCAAAGCUCCUGCACCGCCUUGGACAGCCCCUCCCCUCCUGGCUGAGGGAAGAGCUGCAGAAGGUCAGAUAACCUUUGAACCAGGAAGUGAUCGCUGACGGCGGGAG